AUGCCGUUCAAAAGCAAGCCUGUGAAGGUAGCAUGUAACCCUUGUAGAGAGAGGAGGGUAAAGUGCGAUGGAGCAACUCCCACCUGCAAGACGUGCGAGAAGGCAGGAAAGAGUUGUUCGUAUCGGCAAGGCGAUUCCAGGAGCACAAAAGCCCCGGUGCGAGUGAGCUUGGGCGUCUUGGUGAAAAGGAUAAAUCAGUUAGUUGAGUUGAUCGAAGCGCAAGGCUUGAACUUUCCUCCUAUGGAGGAGAGUGAUCACUCGAUCAUACAAAGCGUUUUGGACGUGUAUGGUGUGGAGUACCAAGAUCUCUCGCCAUGUGGCCUUGAAAAUUCGGACUCUGUGCCUUCGUUGACGAAACCAGUGCAGGAACAGACGACAAAGAACUCAGCGCACCAUGCUGAAGAGAAAACCUGGUCGACAUACAAUCUAAGGCCUAGAUUGUCGAAUGUGGCAUCGGCUCCUGCACGGUCGCAGCGCCACUCCGACUUCCCGAUCACCGAACCUGCCCCCCAACCCUCUUUUCUUCCUGAUAUUCAGGUCGAGGAUGAAAAGGCACAGGUGACAAACCAGCUGUCAUGUCGACUAGGAAAGCUCCAAGUGACGCAUGACGGACAACUCCAAUACUUCGGAUUCAGCUCCAACCCCAGAUUGUUAGACAGCCUAGCUGGUGUGUCCCCCCCUUGCUUGACGGACAUUCAGAAACGGGCACAAGAAGCGUUGGAAAAUACCAAGAUUGCUCCUUCAUAUGAUGAAGCCUUCGAACAGCACCUGCUGAAGCUGUAUUUUACAUGGCAAGACCCAUGUCUUCAUGCCGUGGAAGAGAGGGCAUUUUGGAACUCAAGGUCACAGCAGUCAAGCGAGGGUAUGACUACGCCAUAUUGCUCUGGCACAUUGAUCAAUGCUAUGUGUGCAAUGGGGGCCGCGUACGAGGACCAAGAUCAUCCGCAUCCGAUGAUUUCUCGUCGGUCACUCGCAGAGUUCUUCGGUGAUCGAGCGAAAGUUCUCCUCGGACUAGAAUUAGAAAGCCCAUCGUUGGCGACUGUUCAAGCUUUGGUCAUCUUGAGUGAGUUUGAAGCUUCCUGUACCAGGGAGACUUGCGGUUGGCUGUACAGCGCAGGAAUGGCUAUGAGAUUGGCCUUUGAUCUUGGACUUCAUUUGGACAUGACCCCGUAUGUGGACAAGGGCAUCAUAUCGUCAGAGAACGCAGAGGUUCGUCGCGUGACGUUUUGGGGGGUAUACAUGAACGAACAAUUCUGGGGAUACUACCUUGGUCGUCCUACACGCAGCCCGGUCGAAGCAAUCACAGUCAAGAAGCUGGAUGAGGGAAACACUUCAACAGCGACACGGUGGGAGCCAUACGGCCACAUGGGCCUGACGACCAACACAAUCAGUAUUUUAAAUCCAUUGAGGCUCCUCUGCUCCCAAUGGGUCUCGCUCUAUGACCUUAUGUUACCGCUGGCUGAAGUCUUGUAUGGCAAUUCGUUAAUCAACGCGCUUAGACUGCAUGAGAUAGCGGCAGAUACAGUGCACAAACUCAAUACAUGGAAAACUCAAUUACCAGCACAAUUGACCCUUGAUCGAGAAUAUUUGAGCAUUCCACCUCUUCCACAUGUGCUAGCACUCCAUAUGCAGUAUCACCAGCUCUUAAUCCAUUGUCACCGCCCGUAUAUCUCACAAGGGCCAGGCUCAAGACAGGCACGCAUGACAUGCAUCGAGUCGGCUGUUUCAAUUACGAAACUUCUCACUGAAUAUAGGCAGCAUUAUACCUUUCAACGAGCCAACCUUCAGAUCGUCUCCUCCGUCUUCUAUGCUGCAGUUAUCCUGUUCUUUAGCACGGCACCUCUCACGAAUGAUGAUGGUACCGAGUUGAAGGGGCAUCUGUAUACAUGUUUUCGAGCACUGGAUGAAUUGGGCAAUCAGUUUGAGAGUGCAAAACGCACGAAUACCCUUCUCCAGAAGCUGCAACGUGGCUGGCAGAUUCAUCGAAGAGAAACAAAUGUGAGUCAAGGAAUCAAGGAAAAGUCGCCGUACCCUCCCGCAGCAACAAGCCGUCGACCUAUCACUUGGGACGAGGGAUUUUCACAUCCAGCAGGUGAUAGUUAUAGUGGCUCUGUAGCAGCACGACGAGCAGAGGCACACGUGGACGUUGACGCUAAUACAUCGCUCGAAAGUCCUAGCGGUAGGGAAAGGUUGCCAAGUGCUCAGGACCUUCUGGGGUCGGACCUCUGCAGCAUUCUUCUCAGUGAGGGCAUUUCAGGGGCUUUUGUGUAG